CACUUCCGGGGAUACCCAAGGAAUUUCCUUGCAAGGACCUGUCAGGUUGUCCACAAGAACUGCUCUAGGGUGUUAUUGCCCCAAGAGAUUAUUUACCAUGCGAUGAACAAUGCCAGUGAACGUAAGCGAUGAGUAGCCGGACUGGAUUUGACCUUGGACAAUAUGGUUACAGAACAAUGCCGAAGGACUUAACGAAAGAAGAAAAACGACUUCUGUCGUCUGUUUUUCAUGAAGUAGAUAAUGGAGGCAAGGGGUUUUUAAACAGAGAAGACUUGAAGAUCGCAGUUGCAGAAAUAUUUGGAUACAAACCAUCCAAGCUUGAAGCAGAUCAUUUGAUGGAAAGUUAUGGAGACAGCACAGGAUUAACUCUGCCAAUGUUCCUGGCUGCCAUGACUGAGAAGAUGUCCAAGGCUGACCUUGAUGGAGAAAUUAGACAUACCUUCAUGGCAUUCGAUUCCCAAUGUCGUGGCUUUUUGACCGCUGAAGACUUGGAGAAAGCUGUAAGCUCGGUAGCACCCCACAUUCCUCACCACAGUAUCCAGUCUACAUUCAGGGAGUUAGAUCGUGAUGGAGACGGACGGGUUAGUUACAAGGAUUUUGAUUCUAUGAUGAAAUACAAUACAGAACAAUUGUAGCCCCUGUGCAGGGACACCAAAGGACUCCGGAUAUUGUGUGCUUUAAAAGCAAACCCACUGCAGAAUUGUUGUAUAUGUGCAUGUGUUUAUAAUACAGUCAAACUUUUCUAUUUCAAAUUUGGAAAACUCAAACAUUGUACACAGUAUCAUCUGAUAAUGUUUUAAAUGAUCUCCCAAUUUUCUAUUUUCACCACAUGAUAUGGUUAUUCUCCUUUGUGUGAAAAAAGGACUGGUUUCAACUAUUUCAGUUAAUUUCUCCAGAGUUAU